CUCUCUCUCUCUCUUUCUUUCUUUCUUUCUUUCUUUCUUUCUUUCUUUCUUUCUUCUGGAAGAAGGUUAAGAAUACAGAAAUGUUGAGCUGGAGAGUUUCAUAAUUAUGAAGAAAAAAACCUAUCUAUAGUGAAGGUGGAAAUGGUUAUCUAAGAUUAUGCAGUGAGGAAGAGUCAAGUGAAGACACAAGUCUAUAGACUUCCUGUGUAGCACUCUUGUCAUAAUUGGGAAGUAGGCAAGUUAUCUAACCUCAAUUUCCUCAUCUGUAAAAUGGAAAUAUUGAUAGCACUUAUUUCCCAGGGGUGUUUUGAAGAUAAAAUGGCAUAGUGUUUGUAAAACAUCUUAUGAAUGCCUGUUAUUAUUUUUAUUUGUCUUUGUAUACAUAGUGCUUUUGCACAGUGGACUCAGUACCUAAUAAGUGCUUCAUUAAAUAUUUGUUUGAAUUAAGCCACUGUCAUUCUUGGUGCCUCAAUGUCCAAUUUCGAGAAAUGAAGGGGUAAAUGGGGUUUGAUUCCAUGACCUUGAAGGACUCUUGAACUCCUAUGAUUUCUAGUAUCCUACUUAGGUGUUUUGUAUAGUGUCCUUGUCAGGGAUGGGACCCGCGUGGUGAAUACCCACGAGAUUGCACAAGCGAGUGCCUGUGUUGCAACAAGAUGACCUGGCCGUGAAUCCGGCCUCUGAGAUCGCAAAAGCAAGAGACAGUGCUAGCAAUGCUUUGGGGAGUACGCAGGGGAGUCACAUGCCGGAUGACUCGCAAGCCUUGACCAAAGGUAACAUGAGCUGAGUUGGCAAAGGAGAGGCACAUUCUCCUGAAGAUGGUGUAAAGUUUGAAGAAGGUUAGUCCGAGAUUUCCCUUCAUCAUGGCUUAUGACCUUCCACGAGACUCAGCUGGGGCACCUGGACCCUUCCUUACUUCCUUUUCUGACUGGAACACUGUACAGGAGGAUACUGCCUGCUUGGAGAGAAGAGGACCCACCAAUGGCCAGCUCCUUAUGGUCCUAAGUACUGAAGCAGCCUCCUUUAACUUAGAAGUGUCCCAGGAGAAACUGAAGACCUGGGGGAUCCAGGUGCCAACAGAAGAGUACAAGAAUUUGAUUGAGAAUGCCAUUUUAGAUCCCCAAGUGAGAAGAUUCAUCUUCUAUAACUCCAGGCCUUUUCAGUUGGCCAUUGCUGUGGUUUUCUACAUAGCAAUGUGGGCUAAUCUGUAUUCUACCAGCCAGAUGUUUUCUUUGGGAAGACACUGGGCAGCUGUGGUUCUUGUGACCCUAGGCACUGUAUUAGCUACUGUCAUUCUCAUUCUCAUCUUUGACAGGCACCAAAGGAAGGCAAACACGAACAUAGACCUCCGUCUGGCGGCUGCAAAUGAAAUUUUGAUGCCAUACCACAUGCUUCUGGGAGUGACUAGUGAAGUGGAGGGCUGCCAGGCUGUACUGCAGCUCUGGUUUGUUUACUUCCACUUAGAGAGUUGCCUCCAAUCCUUAUCAGAUUGUAUCCGAGAACUGAAGACCAACCAAGAGUCAGUACUAAAACACUGCCUGAACCAAUACCAAGUGGUUGUGGAGAUGGUAGUGAACCCAGCCCAAGAAGAAGGAGAAGAGAAUGAAAGGUUGGCUGAGGAAGCUCCUCUGUUGCCUGCUGGGGGGAUGGAGCCACAGAAGGCAGUGGUCACCCGCAUGGAACUUCGCCACCUCAUUCCAGAGGCUGCACCAGAGGUGAUGGCCCGGCAGAUGCUGGUGGUCUUUGGUGGAUUAUACAUCAGGCUCCUGGUAACCAAUCAGCUCCCUGAGACUACAGCGGCAUCAGGGCACGCAGACUCACUGCAGGGCCCCUGCCCCUGCCAGUUCAUUGAGACUCACAUCCUAGGGGCGGGGAGCUGUUCCCUCUUGGCCAGGUGAUGGCUGCAGAGGCCAGAGUGCUGGUCUUGAAGGACCCAAGGUGUAGAAUCUGCUGGCAAGGGAAGCCCAGAGUCAAGCAGCAGCCUUGGAGGGGCCCUUGACACCCGUCACCAUGUGGCACAGCACCAUUGGGAGGGAGAAGUCGGCAGCCCAGAUGGCAUCCUCUGCUUAUCUGCAGAGUUUGUUGAAACAGCUCUUCCAACUGUGAAAUUGAACACUGUGGUCCAAGCUUGCAAAUGUUUCUGUCGGUAGUUGUGAACGGGCUCAGCUUCAAGAUUCCAUCUUUGCUUUGUUUAUUCCCAGGCACUAAAUUGAAGGGUUUUUCUCUGAAUUACAUAGGCCUCCUAUGGGUAACCUGGUGGCAGCCUGUGUCCCACUAUUGCCAAUCGAAUAGUCUCUAAACAUGGUAAAGUGGAAAGAGUUCUAGAUUUGAGAUCAAAGGAUUUGGGUUCCCGUACCUGAGUUCCUGUGGGACCUUGGAUAUGUCAUUUCAUUUUCUCCUCUGUAAAAUAAGAGGAUUGGGUUGGAUGAGCUCUAAAAUCCUUUCCAACUCAGAUUCUUGUGAUCUCUCCAUCCUGGCAUUCAAGAUCCUCUGUAAGAACGCUUAUCUCCCCCUGUUGCUCCCUUAAACACAUUAGCCGAAUGUUUUUUCCACUCAGCACUUUUGUUCAUGCCUUUCUCUCCAUUUGGGAUGCUUUCCUUUUCUUUCUCCCUUUCACUCUCUACUUUGACACCCAUCAAAAUUCUAUCUCUCUUUCAAGAUGGAGAAAUUUUGCUUUUGGCUUAGAUGAGCUGAUUUCAUUUAAGUUUGACUUGAGGGAGCUCUAGGCACUUCCUUUGGAAUGAGAAGAUUGGAGGAACAGGUGUAUAGGGACAGAUCUGGCACAGGAAAAUGAGAUCUGGUGUGAUAUCAAAAGAUCAGCUUUGCUUUAGACCCAGCUCUAUUGACUUGUCUCUUGGAGAUUCAGUUUUCCCUUCAGUGCAGUGGAUAUAAUGUCUUGCCUGCUCUUGUGGGGAUUGAGGGAAUGGGAUAUGAAAAUUCUCUGAACACUGUAAAGCGCCAGUGGAGUCUUUAUUUGUGGGAUUCCUCUUGUCAUUUUUUGUUUUCCAUAUGUAGGACAAAAAAGGAAAUGUUUCCAGGGCAACAGAGGAAGGGACAUAUUCCCUGUCAGUCAGUCAGUAGGCUACACUGAAAACUCAUUCUGCUGACCUCAUCUUAGGUUUUGUGUCAAAAAAGAGAAUUAUUCAUAAAGGUAGAGACAGCUGCAUUACUACUGAUGAGUAUAGGGGGCAGAAAAAAAGAUCAGACCCAGGUGUCACCCACAGAGAUUUAUGUUUCAGGUCUACUAAUGAGGACAAAAGAUUUGUUAAAUGGCCAAAUGAUCAUUUUUCCAAGUUGAAUUUCUUUUAUUAAACUCUCCUGUGAAACCAUGA